CAUGCGCGAGCGAGAACUGAGCACUUCCAUUGAAAGUGUAUGCGUAGCUAGCCGGCUGUCCGCAUCGACGAUGUAAGACUUGUUGCUUUCGUGGCGAUUGUUCAAGACUGCGUCAUACCUGAAAUGCGGAUGUAAAUACGUGUUAGCAUUCACAGCAUUCUGUUGCCUGAGUAUAAGUUCUGCUAAAUGGAGGACACGAGUAAUCAAACGGCCGAGAAAACUACUGGACACGCAUCUCGAGGAUAACCUUUAGACGAACGGUGGCUGGCAUUCACAAAGUCCAGCUAUUCGUUUCACCUGGCAGAUCUUGGACCACUCAAGAAGGAACGGCUUAAUUGUCGAGGUGGAGGAGCUCACCAAUACCGCGAUUCUCAAGAGGCCGAAGCAACUUCUGGGCACGGAUACCACGUGAACCACGUGCCGGACAGCAAAAUGAGCCUGUCUACGGCGUGUCUACUUAUUCUCAUAGUUUGUUGGGCGCUGGCAGGUUUUUCCUCGGCCGGUCGCUACAGCCCCGACUGGCCGUCACUGGAUACUCGGCCUUUGCCUUCGUGGUUCGACGAGGCCAAGAUCGGCGUGUUUAUCCACUGGGGCGUGUACUCGGUGCCGGGCUUCGGGAGCGAGUGGUUCUGGUGGAACUGGCGCGAAGGAGAUCCCGCGCACGAGGAGUUCAUGAGGCGCUACUACAGGCCGGACUUCAAGUACCAGGACUUCGCUCCGCAGUUUAGGGCCGAGUUCUUCGACCCCGACCGCUGGGCCGACAUUUUCGCGAGGUCGGGUGCGCGGUACGUGGUGCUGACAAGCAAGCACCACGAUGGCUUCACCCUGUGGCCCUCGAACGUCUCGUGGAACUGGAACGCCCAAGAUGUGGGGCCACAUCGGGACCUGGUCGGGGACGUGGCCGAUGCCGUCAGGCGCCGCGGAGGGAUGCGGUUCGGCCUGUACCACUCUUUGAUGGACUGGUUUCACCCGCUCUUUCAGGCCGACAACGCGACGGGGUUUUCGACUGCUUCGUUUCCGCCAGCCAAGACUCUUCCGGAACUCCUGGAGAUCGUGAAUAGGUACCGUCCAGACAUUGUAUGGUCCGACGGAGACUGGCUAGCGCCGGACACUUACUGGAACAGCACGUCUUUCCUCGCCUGGCUGUACAACGACAGCCCCGUUCGCUCCACUGUUGUGGUGAACGACCGCUGGGGCAAAGGUGUUUCAUGCAAGCAUGGCGAUUUCUUCAAUUGCGAGGACCGGUUCAAUCCGGGCGUGCUACAGCCGCACAAGUGGGAAAAUUGCCUGUCUCUCGACAAAUACUCUUGGGGCUACAGACACCAUGCAACCCUCUCGGACUACCACACCAUCCACGAGAUCCUCGAUAUUCUAGCCAGCACAAUCAGUUGCAAUGGUAACCUUCUCGUCAACGUAGGCCCAACCAAGGAAGGCGUCAUUUUGCCUGUUUUUGAAGAGCGGCUAACUCAGUUGGGAAAGUGGCUUGCGGUCAACGGCGAAGCCGUCUACGGAUCUAAGCCCUGGAAGCACCAGAACGACACGGCCACGCCGCACGUCUGGUACACGGCCAAGUCUAACGUGCUCUACGUGUAUGUGAUGAGGUGGCCCAAAAACGAGCAACUCGUCUUGGACUCACUGGAAAUGUCUCCGUAUGGCAGCAUUACCAUGCUGGGGCUUGCUGCCAAACAUCGGUUUACGUGGAGAGCAGCUGAUUUGGUCGGAGACGGCGCAAGCAAGCGAACCCAUAAAAGGGGCACAAUAGUCACCUUUCCCAAGCUGACGGCAGACAAGCUGCCCACUCCGUGGGCGUGGGUGUUGAAAGUCCAAGGCGCUCGUUAAAUCUUGAUUUACGGAAAUGCUUGUCGAGUGCCCAAAUAAUUAAAUAAUGCCGUAUCAAUUCGUCGUCUCAUUGAAUGCAGGAAUGAUACCCUCUGUCACUCGCCAUAUAGUAAGAACACCGUGUGAGGAAUUCACAUGUCCACCUUUUUUACGACAUCAGGGUUUUAGUUCGCGUGGGGCCGCCACGUGGCCUAGUGACCUUAAAGUUUGGAAAAUUAUCGCGGUGACGUAUAGUGAUUAUGCCAGCAAGAUAAAAAUAAAAGAACUCAAAGCUAUCCCUGCACACAGAAAUUCACCACAAAGCUUGUAUCACCGGCGUUAUCGGGGUUGUUGAUAAAAAGUAGCCGUUCGUCGGCUGGAAAUUAUUUAUCAUUCUAAGAGCGUUUAGAAUCGACACUGCAAGCACAGUGAUGAUUGAUUCUGGGCUUUUCAGAGGUUUCCCGAAAUGCAGCCACAAUUAUUUUAAUUACUACGAAAUUGACGGGCUGAGAAAAUCUUCGGAAGCCUUCCGCCGCAGCUUUUCUUCAGUCGGACCACAUUCUAUAUUUGUUCUGAAGACUUAGCAAUACAACGUCGCGCAGCCUCUAUGAGAAAUGUCAUCGUGGACAGCUGAUGAU